AUGUUCAAACCCAGGCAGUUCAACAAGGAGCCGUCUUCUGUAAGGCAUUCCUUUGCAGACGCCACAAAUGACCUGAUCCUGGAAACGUCUUUGCCCAAUGCCACGGCUUUUUCAGGCUGGGAGCUCACCAAGAACGAUAAAUACUGUGUUUCUCGUCUUCCGGCGUUGCCUGUGCUUUUGGAGUCCCAGAUGGACGAAGGAGAGGGGGAAGGUGAUAUACUCAAUGGUUACUCUGAUAACGCUACGAAAUUUGCCUUGCUUGUGGGCUCCAAGACCAUAAACGCUUGGCCUUAUAGAUCCACUGAUGGUUCGCCUAUAACGUUUGAGUUUCCGAUUAGUGGGGAGGAAAACAGUGAAGGUUUAACGUUAGCUAUUUUAACUAGACCUUCUGGCACUGUGGCUUUGGAUCCAGGUCUUGCAGUGAUUGAAACUAUUGCUGGUAAGGUGCGUUUUUAUGAUAGCGUUCAGCAUGCGCCAGCGCUUGGAAUUAUCAACAGCAAAAACAUAGAAACGACGGUCCAGCUUAAUAAGGGGGAAUUUAUCACGCUUGCUCAGAACAUCGAACCGGCUGGUAUUGUUGUGGCUACGAAUUGGAAGAGGGUGGUGCUCGUUACGCUCAGAGACCUCCAGGGAAGACCUAGGUUGUCUACACUUGAACUUACUGGACCGCUGAAGGCUUCUAGGCUCUUUUCGCUUUUUAGCUCGCAACUUGGACCUGCUGAAUCGGGCGAUGAAGUUGUUAGUAUAAGACUGGGUGACUUUGUCAAUGGCUCUUACCAGGAGAUCAUUGUUCAGGACUCCAAGGGAGGCUUUAAGAAGCUCCACUACGAGUUUAACCCAAGCGGAAAGCCUUACAUUGACCACAAAAAGACGCUCCACUAUAAUUUGACUCCGUACUUGGAGAACAGCAUCGACGGUGUGAUUCCUGGUGCGCUCAUCAAUACAAGGUUUUUGGGCCUUUGGAACCUUCAAAUAGAAGGUGCCGAAGAUUUAUACACGGCUUUGGUUGGCGUGGAAAAUUCUGUGAAUGGAUAUGCAGAGAAGAACUUGCUUUUGGUCACUUUGAAAGUGGAUCAGAGCGGUGUUCUCUUGUACGGUUCACAUCAGUUACCUCAGGUCAAUUUCAUUGGCGACUAUAAACCACAGCUUUUCAUUCCUAGUCCUUCCUCCACGGCCUUUGUUGUGGUUGGAAAUUCCAUCAUAAUGACAGAUAUGAAUAAGGCAUUCCUUCAACUGAAUCUGUCUGCCGAGCCCACGUUUUCUUACUAUAGACCACAGUGGGAAGAUGUUGUAAAGCUCAAGGCAGGCGUGGAAGUGAUUGGUUUGGGAUACGAAGACAAGGAAACUGAAUCAGCUAACCCUGCAGUGGUUGUCAUGACAAACAACUUUGGUGUUAUCAGAGUUGAGAGAUUCCCUGAAAGCACCACAUCGAAAGCUCUUCCUGAAGAUCCCACCGACCCCGUCUACUUGCUCAAGUCUCACAUGCAACAAGCUAUUUUCUAUCACCAAUCGGAAGCCGUGGACUUUGAUGUCGAUCCAGUGUAUCCAUUGGACACUGUUAAGGCUGCCACAGCUUCUAUCAUCGGUGAAGUUAUGAAUUCUCUGAGCUCCUCGCUCCCGCCAUUCUUUUCAUCAACCAGAGACUCGCUUUUGACCAGGGCUAAUGCUCUUAGAGAGCUCAUCUCUUUUGUUCAAAACAAUUUCGAAGAUUUCUGGUUUAUCGUUGUUCCAUCCAUUGUUGAAGCGCUUGAAAAGCUAGAUGCUUCCCAGCACUUAUGGGCUUUGCUUGACGCUGGUACCCCAGAAGCCGCUCUCUUGAAGGACAAGACUAUCACCAUCAUCCAAGACCAUCACUUUGUUGCAGAUUCGGCUGAUAUUGCAAGAUCCUUCUUCACUUACGAAGCUGAAAAGAUUGACAUUUUGGUUACUGGCCUCCUCAAAUCUUUACAAACUUCUAAUCACUCCGAUAAGACUAACAUCAAAAUCCUCACCGGUGUGCUUUACGAAGGUGUUUUGAAGAAUGAAGCAAGGUACGUUUCUGAGGUUCCAGAGAUCAGCCCUUCGAAGCUUUGGGUAUUGAGAACAACCUUGCUUGAAGUUUCUGCAACUGCGUUCGAUAGAGCGUUUGGACCCUCCAGUAAAACGUUCGAGGGGUUCACAGCUCAAGACAGAUUGGACUUGGUUUGUCUCACUGAAAGUUUCUACUACAUUGUUACCAGAGCAAUUCAAGCCAUGCAAGAUACUGACGAUGCUGAACUUGAUUCCUACAUUAAAUGGUUCCGUACCAAUAGAAAGAAGUGGGUAUCAGCUUUGUUGAAGUAUGGACUUAUUGAAGAAGCGCAAGCUAUCACAGAGAAGUUCCAAGAUUUCUCGUCGUUGGCUUAUAUCUUGGAGACUGAACGUGAUUCAUCGUCGAAUGAAGUUGUGGACGAAAAGUUGACUCAUUACAUUGACGUGCAUGGUUAUGAAUUCGCUGCUAAGCUUUUCGAGCAUUAUAUCAAGACCAACCAGAUCCAGCGUCUUCUUCUCAACUUCAAUGACACAGACAACUAUCUUGAUCACUUUUUGAGAUCAAACUCUAAGAAGUAUGCCCAAGUUGCUUGGAUCCAUCACUUGCAAAAGAAGGACUUUGAAAGCGCUUCAAAGAUUCUCAACUCUCUUGCCUCAAGAAAGGAGACUGACAACCAAGAGAACCGCGAGUUGAGUCUUUCCUUGGCCAAGCUUACAGCCGUCGCUGCUAAGCUUCAGCAACCAACUUCCCCCGAUGCAAUUGACCUUGAAGAAUCUAUUAUAGAGGCCGAGAACAACCUUGUGGCGGUCAGGAUUCAGAACCACCUUUACGAUGCCGUGUCACUGUUUGUUCAGAACAAGAAGGAACUAAUUACAUUCGAUUAUUUCACGCAGAAUUUCGUCAAUUCCAAACUCCAGGAAACUUUCGCCCAGGAGGCAGGCCCAUUCUUUGAGCGUUUUGCUAACCUGACGGUACUUUCCAAAGAACAGCUCAUAGGCCUUCUCAUCAGUGUCAAGCCAACAGGCCAGUUCAAAGGCGUUUUUGCUGACGCUCUUAAGGUGGCACUGUCGAUCGGAAACGAUUCCGAGUUCCAGCAACAAGCAGCCAGGAUCUGGUUGACUCUCUUGGCGACAACAGACGACUGGAGCAAGAUCACCGCCACAAGUGAAAACACAGACGACGUUAAUAAAGCCAGAGUUCAUGAACUGGUCUUCUUCUAUACGUUAUCUCAUAUCGAUGGUGAUCUGGAACUUUACAGGAUCCUUGACGAAGUUGUCCGUGAGCCUGAUGCAUCCAACGGCGACUUUGGGUGGACAGCAUAA